GUGGAGGGGAGGCACAUCGAGGCCCAUCGCAUCCUGCUGGCUGCGUCCUGCGAUUACUUCAGGAACCCCAUACUGUUCCACAGCAGCUGCGCUAAUUUACAUGCCCACCACCGAUGCACAGAGGUUCCAGUUUCUUUAAAUUGACAAGACAGAGUCUAACAGAAAAUGGGCAAAGCAUCUGGACUGUUUGGAAAAGAAUAUAGAAACAGCUGUUAAACCUGUGAAGAGAGCCUCUGUCCCAUUGUUUACAAGAUUUCUCCCUCGCCUCCUGGCAGUUGGAGCGGCGUCUUCCUCUGGUUCUGAGGGUGUGGGGGGCAGGCUCCCCGCGCACUGGUGGCGCUACCUGACAGGCCAUGGGCAGUGCCAUCCAAGUGCGUGUGUAUGAAACUCUUUGACCCAGCAGUUGCUCUCCUGACAUUAAUCCUGGCGUUCACAUGAGCAACAGUUCGUGGGCGCAAAGCCAUCCACUGGGUGAAAUAACGGAGAUUAGAAGUAACCCAGGUGGACCCCGGCAGGAACGGUUAAAUCAGUUGUGAUCGCCUUUACAGAGAGGGGCAGUGCUGUGUGUACGGAUGAUCGGGGCCGUUUCCAAGGUGUCCUGUGAAGUCGAAACCAGGGUGGUCUCUACUCCAGCUCCCCAGCCGUGUGGCCUCCCCAGUCCUGCAGGAGCCUCCCUGCCUCUGCUCCAGCCUCUCCACUCUGGCCAAGGAGCCCAGGAUCUGAAGUUCCUCGGCUCAGGCCUGUGUACGACUCGCCGGGGCAUGUUUGCUGGGGGGCUGAAGGAGAUGGAGCAGGAAGAAGUCCUGAUCCACGGCGUGUCCUACAACGCCAUGUGCCAAAUCCUGCAUUUCAUUUACACGUCCGAGCUGGAACUCAGCCUGAGCAACGUCCAGGAGACACUGGUUGCCGCCUGCCAGCUUCAGAUCCCCGAGAUCAUCCACUUUUGCUGUGACUUCCUCACGCCCUGGGUGGAUGAGGACAACAUCCUUGACGUCUACCGGCUGGCCGAGCUCUUUGACCUGAGCCGCCUGACCGAGCAGCUGGACGCCUACAUCCUCAAGAACUUCGUGGCCUUCUCGCGGACUGACAAGUACCGCCAGCUGCCCCUGGAGAAGGUCUAUGCCCUCCUGAGCAGCAACCGCCUGGAGGUGUCCUGCGAGACGGAGGUGUAUGAGGGCGCCCUGCUCUACCACUACCCUCCGGAGCAGGUGCAGGCUGACCGGCUCCCGCUGCAUGAGCCGCCCAAGCUCCUGGAGACCGUGCGCUUCCCCCUCAUGGAAGCCGAGGUCCUGCAGCGGCUGCACGACAAGCUGGACCCCAGCCCCCUGAGGGAUACGGUGGCUGAAGCCCUCAUGUACCACCGGAACGAGAGCCUGCAGCCCAGCCUGCAGGGCCCACAGACCGAGCUGCGCUCGGACUUCCAGUGCGUCGUGGGCUUCGGGGGCAUCCACUCCACGCCGUCCACUGUCCUCAGCGACCAGGCCAAGUACCUGAACCCGCUGCUGGGGGAGUGGAAGCACUUCACCGCCUCCCUGGCGCCCCGCAUGUCCAACCAGGGCAUCGCUGUGCUCAACAACUUCGUGUACCUGAUUGGAGGGGACAACAAUGUCCAGGGCUUCCGCGCCGAGUCCCGCUGCUGGAGGUACGACCCGAGGCACAACCGAUGGUUCCAGAUCCAGUCGCUACAGCAGGAGCACGCCGACCUGUGCGUGUGCGUUGUGGGCAAGUACAUCUACGCGGUGGCCGGUCGCGACUACCACAAUGACCUGACCACUGUGGAGCGCUACGACCCUGCCACCAACUCCUGGGCCUAUGUGGCCCCGCUCAAGAGGGAGGUGUAUGCCCACGCGGGUGCCACACUGGAUGGGAAGAUGUACAUCACGUGCGGCCGCCGAGGGGAGGAUUACCUGAAGGAGACCCACUGCUACGACCCGGGCAGCGACACCUGGCACACGCUGGCUGACGGGAUGGUGCGGCGGGCCUGGCACGGCAUGGCCACCCUCCUGGACAAGCUGUACGUGGUCGGGGGCAGCAACAACGACGCGGGCUACAGGAGGGACGUGCACCAGGUGGCCUGCUAUAGCUGCAAGUCCGGGCAGUGGUCAUCCGUCUGCCCGCUCCCAGCAGGGCACGGUGAGCCCGGCAUCGCCGUGCUAGACAACAGGAUCUACGUGCUGGGUGGCCGCUCGCACAACCGGGGCAGCCGCACUGGCUAUGUGCACAUCUAUGACGUGGAGAAGGACUGCUGGGAGGAGGGCCCGCAGCUGGACAACUCCAUCUCGGGCCUGGCGGCCUGCGUGCUCACCCUGCCGCGGUCCCUGCUCCUUGAGCCGCCCCGCGGGACGCCUGACCGCAGCCAGGCCGACCAGGACUUCGCCUCUGAGGUGAUGAGUGUGUCUGACUGGGAGGAGUUCGACAACUCCAGUGAGGACUAGGGUCCCAGGCCAGGUGGGGGGUGCGGGGGAGUGGUAGCUCCCAGCUCCCCUCACAGCACUUUGCCCUGGAGCACUUGACCCCAGGCUGGCAGCGGCCUUCCCUCCCGCCGCCUCCCAUCGGCAGGUAUUUUUGGGGCCCUGCAGACCUGUGGCUGUGGAUCACCCCACAGUGGGAAACCUUCGGGAAGGGCUCGGUCCCCUGAAGUUCACCGGGCUCUCUCCUCAGCGGGGACGGGCUGUGCCGCCACCAGCUGUCCUGGCCUCCCUGCUCCCUGGUUCUGGUCCCUACUGGGCCUAGAGGGUGCCAUUCUCCCAAGGGACCUGGGGACUGGCCCCUGGUGAGGGAGCCAGGGCACAUCUUGUCCCUCUCGUCGGCAGGGAGGGGGCGGGCUGAGCCCAUUGUCUGCCCAGCAGCUCCCGGGGCCAGAGCGGGAGAGAGAUCCAUCAGGUUGCCUGAGGCUGAUUCUGUAAAAUGAUGCCCUGUAGCUGGGCUUUUCGGACCCCAUGUUGUUGAUAAAUGAAAUAAAUCAUCUUACACGAG